AAAACCCCUCGAAUACAAAACAAAAAAAAUAUUAUCUCCGUCUCCCGCUCUGUGUCUAGCUUUGGGGCCAGAAAGGGGGUGCUGACGAAUAAGGUCCUUCAUCUACGUCUCAUCUCCGUCUCCCUUCACCUCUCCAUUUUUUCAACAUUUUGAAGAAGAAGAAGAUAAAUAGGUAUUGAAUGAAAACAGUUGAUAACAGCAGCUUCCUUAUUCUAACAAUGCUUGCUGCUGUGAAACAGUUUGUUCUGUUACUCUCUUAAUCUAGGCUGACUUGAAUAUAGCUGAAAUUUUUGGAGAUUAGGCUUUGUUUGAGAAUGGAAGCAUCUGGUCAUAGUUCAGACGCCCCUCCUUCCCCUUCUUCUGCUAGUUCUAGUCCAGGAAGCACCUUCCGCUUUACUGCUUCCAACUUUUUUCGAUCCCCCAUGUCCUCAUUCUUGGAAUACUCUGGUGUUCUGCACAAUUACCCUCAUUAUAAUUCUAUUAGUGCACCCGCUCCACGCCUGGAAGAAUCUGUUCCGGUGGUGUCUCCAACACUCAGCAAUGCAAGCCGUAGCAGCAAUGGGGAAGUUUCAAUUAGGAUUAUCAGUGCAGGUGAGCAAGAGGAGAAUCAGACAAUUCAAAGUGCCUCGCCUUCACCAGUCGUUCACCAUGUUGCCUCAACGACAGCAGCCUCUGCCAGUGAUCAAGAACUGGAUCAUUCAAUUGCAACAGCAGCUUCUGUUGCGUCUUUGGCCUCAGCAGCUUUGAAUGUUCAUACAAAUUCUGCGACUGAUCCCUCACCCACUGAGCGUGAUCCUGUGAAUGCAAAUCCCAAUGCACAACCAACGGAUGCUGCUGCCCUUAAUCAUACUACAGAUUCUUCUUACCAGAGAUAUGAUAUACAUCAGGCUGCUAGAUGGAUUGAACAAGCUCUUCCAUUCUCUAUGCUUUUGUUACUCGUUUUCAUUCGCCAGCAUUUGCAAGGCUUCCUUCUUACAAUCUGGGUGGCUGCCUUUAUGUUCAAGUCUAAUGAUAUUCUACGAAAGCAGACAGCUCUAAAGGGAGAGAGGAGAUAUUCAACUUUAUUUGGCAUCUCUUUUGUGUUCAUCCUACAUGUGACAAUCGUAUAUUGGUGGUAUUGGACUGACCUUUGGUAUUCGUUAGCUAUGAUUCCCCCAAAAGCUAAUCCACCCUUUUGGAAUGCUAUUUUCAUCAUUAUGGUGAAUGAUGCAUUGGUUCGUCAGGCAGCAAUGGUUAUCAAGUGCAUUAUACUGAUGUGCUAUAAAAAUAGCAAGGGUAGAACAUACCGGAAGCAGGGGCAAAUGUUGACUCUGGUCGAGUAUCUUGUACUGCUGUACCGUGCUUUGCUUCCGGCUCCAGUUUGGUAUCGUUUCUUUUCAAACAAGGAAUAUGGAAGCCUCUUUUCAUCUAUAAUAGCUGGGCUGUAUUUGACUUUUAAGCUCAUAUCUAUUGUCGAGAAGGUUCAAUAUCUCUUUGCUUCUUUGAGGGCUUUGUCUCGCACAGAGAUUCAGUAUGGAACUUAUGCUACAUCUGAGCAGGUCAGUGAAUCUGGAGAUUUGUGUGCUAUCUGCCAGGAAAAGAUGCACUCCCCAGUCUUGCUACGUUGUAAACACAUAUUUUGCGAAGACUGUGUCUCUGAGUGGUUCGAGAGAGAAAGAACGUGUCCCCUAUGCAGGGCUUUGGUGAAACCUGCAGAACUAAGAUCAUUUGCCGAUGGAUCAACGAGUCUAUUCUUUCAACUAUCCUGAAAUUGCUCCGGAUCUCAGAAAAAUGUUACAUGUGAGGACUUCCUCUGAAUUACACUUCUCUUGAACAUCACAUCAUGUAGUAACCUGAAGUGAUGUACAACUUUUGUUGGUUUAAACAAUAGUCAAGUGUAAAUUGAUUUGUAUAUUGCACUAUAUCUGUGCUAUAAGUAAAUGUUCAUCCUUGUAUCUUUGAUGAUUAAAAAGGAUAAGUUUGUGUAUUACUAUUUAUAAAUUGUAUUUAUGUUA